CGCAAUCUGUGAUCCUUGGGACGUCCCUACUCUAAACCCAUAUACCCUAACUAUAACCAUAACCUAACCCUACCAUUUUAAAUGUCAAUUUCCCAAGGAUUCCAGAUUGCACCAACCGUGAUGCUAAUAAUACAUAUAUAUAUAUGCCUUUUAUUCAAAGUUUGUAGUUACCACAUCCGGGUCUUUUGCGUCCUUAGUUACCAGUCGGAAAGAAAAAAACAUCACCACCCCUGCCUACACAGCUAUCAGAGCACCCAUGGAUAUUACGAGAGGCAGUUUAGAUGAUAUCUCCCGCCCGGCAUCCAACGAGCGUUCUCGCCCGGGUAGCCGUGUAUCAACUGUGUCACUGCCUGAAGUCGGGAGAGUUUUUCAUCCCAGCCCGACGUCCCUGGUGGUUCUUAGCGAUGAUGCCCCCAACAAUAAGCAGGAUCACAGCAGCUCACAUGAAAACCUCAGGUCUCCAGAUGAAAGUCUUCCUGAGAAAGAUCACUCCAUUGGAGAUGUAUCUGAUGAGGAGAACGAAGAUCCAGAACUCCAGAAGGCCAUCAAGAAAAUGAAAAUACUUGACAAAAUCUUGGCUUCAAGGAUCUCAAAUGAAAAAGAGGUCAAGAGAAAAGGAAAGGAGCUCCAUCAGAAACUAUGGCAGGAACUAUUGCAGAUAAAGCCCAACAGAUCUUCAGAAUGGGCAGAUGAAGCAGAAAAUACAAGGAUGUUUUUGUCCCUGGCUCCUUCCAGUACUCACGGAUCCAGUGAAGAAUUGGACUUUGCUCCUGUGUUUGGGACUCAAGUGCCUGACAAAGAGUAUGAAAGACACAACAGACAAGUGGAGGAAAGUGAAAAGGACCUCAACACCACAGCAGCAGACUUGGCUGAAGUGUGUCACGAAGAGAGGGCAGACGAGUCAGAAGGCAGCCAGAGUGGGGUUCCCAGGGGCAAAAAUAAACAAGACUUUGUGAAGAAAAAUAUUGAGUUGGCGAGUGGUGCUGGAGGCCCAGUGCAGAUGACACAGGAGGAGAAGUAUCGUCUCGAGGAGCUCCUCAGAGACAUGGAGGAAGGGGACAAUGCUGGGAAGGCAGGCUGUGAGGGAGACAUGUGGGCCGCUCCAGUGCAAGCGGGUGAGGGUUACACCCCCGAACCAACAGAACGAGACCAACUAAUUCACAUUGACUCCAGACUGCAGCUUCUCCUUCCUGUUGAAGACUUCCUGUCUGUGCGAAGCCCCUACCCUGACCACAGUCUGCCCCAGGCCCAGGAUCUGGAGGCUGGCUGGGACAGGUUGCCAGGAGAGAAGGUCCUGCAGGAUAUAAGGGAGAAGAGAGGGCAGGAGAGGCGUCUCCAAGAGAUCCAGCUGCAGCUAGAGCUGCUGGGCCAGGGCCAAGAAAUGAUUUUUGACAAACCAAUACUACUGGAGGAGCAGCUGAUGACUCUGUUGGAUGAGUAUGAGAUAUCACAGAGCUGGGGACAUGGUCUGGGGAAAAGGGACACAUCACCCAGGGACAACUCUGAUACGGAGAGCCUGCCGGACAGCACCCCCCGUCUCUCUGACUAUAUCCUGUCAGAGUUGCUUAGAGAUGCAUACACCACCAGCUUUAGCCAGUUGGACAAAGCCACCACUAUGUGUUCACCAUAGAGUAUUAACACAUAUGUUGGGUGUGACAAAUGUAGAAAUGUGUAUAUUUACUGUGCAUUCAGAAAGUAUUCAGACCCCAUGACUUUUUCCACAUUUUAUUACAUUACAGCCUUAUACUAAAAUGGAUGAAAUACAUGUUUUGCCUCAUCAAUCUACAUACAAUACCCCAUAAUGACAAAGCAUAAACAGGUUUAUUUUUUUUAUUUUUUUUGUAAAUGUAUGUACAGUGGACUCCAAAAUUACUGGCAAUGCACAAACAAUACUUAAACAAAUAUAAACAAUAUAAUUAUAGAGAUAAUCUCAAAAUACCAACAUGAGAAAUACUGUAUAUUAUUAAUGUUUCAAUGGAACCAACCAAAAUCAUUACAUUUUUAAUACAAAAUACAUUUAACCAAAAUCAAGGUUUUAUAAUUAUUGGCACUCCUCAUUUAGUACUUAGUGCAACCACCUCUGGCAAGUAUAACCGAGUCUUUUCCUGUAAUGUUUGACAAGGUUAAGGAGCACAUUGGGUCAUUAUCUUGUUGGAAAGUCCACCUACGGCCAGGUUCUGGCAGAGGCAACCAGAUUGUCAGCCAAAAUUGCCUGAUACUUGGUAGAAUUCAUUAUGCCAUCAAUCUUAACCAGUGCCUCUGGACCUCUGGAAUUAAAACAGCCCCAAAACAUCACUGACCCCCCUCCAUAUUUCACCGUGGGUAUGAGGUGCCUCUCGUUGUAUGCAUCUCUGUUUCGACGCCAAAAAUGCCGAUGUUGUAUCUGACCAAAACGUUCAAUUUUGGUGUCAUCUGACCAGAGCACCUUCUUCCAGUCCUAAUUUAACUGACGUUUGGUAAACUCCAAGCGUUUGCGUCUGUGUCUUGGGGUCAGAAAGGGCUUUCUUCUGGCAACCCUUCCAAAGAGCCUGUGGUUCUGAAGGUGGCGUCUCAUGGUGCUUUUUGAAACCUGGUGACCCCAAGACGCCACCAAGACCUGCAAUUCUUUCACAGUGAUUCUUGGGGAUUUUGUUGCUUCUCUCACCAUCCUCCUCCCUAUCCUGGGGGGCAAAAUGCAUUUGCGUCCUCUACCCGUGAGGUUUUCAACUGUUCCAUAUCUUUUGAAUGUUCUAAUAAUUGCCCUGUCAGUGCUCAGUGGUAUAUUCAAUCGUUUGUGGAUCUUCUUUUAGCCAUUACCAGAUUUAUGAAGGUCUAUGACCAUCUGUCUCUUUUCAACUGCUAGUUCUUUUGUUUUCUUCAUGGUGUUGGAUGACAGUGGGAUAUUGCAUGUGUGUUACCUCAUUUUUAUACCCUAGUAAAACAGGAAGUGACGUAAUGGCUCAAUAUAGUUCCUUAAGACUUAGAUAAACUUAAAUAAGUGGAAUUUAAUUUGUGGUUUAAUUUUGGUAGAUGGUAUUUACAAUAAUCGUUCAGGGUGCCAUUAAUUGUGAAACCGUGAUUUGGAGGACAUUGAUUUUUAAUUAAAUCAAUAAAUUAUUUUGGUUGGUUCCAUUGAAACAUUAAUAAAGUACAGUUUUUCUCACAUGUUGGUAUUUUGAGUUUAUCUCUGUAAUUAUAUUGUUUAUGUAUUUUUUAAGCAUUGUUUGUGCAUUGCCAGUCAAGGGUGCCAGUAAUUUUGGAGCCCACUGUAUAUAAAAAAAAUAUAUAAACACAUUUACAUAAGUAUGCAGACCCUUUACUCAGUACUUCUCGGGUAUGACGCUACAAGCUUUGCACACCUGUAUUUGGGGAUUUUAUCCUAUUCUUCUCUGCAGAUCCUCUAAAGCUCUGUCAGGUUGGAUGGGGAGCAUUGCUUCACAGCUAUUUUCAGGUCUUUCCAGAGAUGUUCGCUCGGGUUCAAGUCCAGGCUCUGGCUGGGCCACCUAAGGGCAUUCAGAGACGUGUCCCGAAGCCUCUCCUGCGUUGUCUUGGCUGUGUGCUUAGUGUCGUUGUCCUGUUGGAAGGUGAACCCUCGCCCCAGUCUGAGGUCCUGAGUGCUGUGGAGCAGGUUUUCAUCGGGGUUCUCUCUGUACUUUGGUCCUUUCAUCUUUCCCUCGAUCCUGACUAGUCUCUCAGUCCCUGCCGCUGAAAAACAUCCCCACAGCAUGAUGCUGCCACCACCAUGCUUCACCGUAGGUUUCCUCCAGACGUGACGCUUGGCAUUCAGGCCAAAGAGUUCAAUCAUCAGACCAGAGUGUCUUGUUUCUCAUGGUCUGAGAGUCGUUUAGGUGCCUCUUGGCAAACUCCAAUCAUGGCAUGUGCCUUUUACUGAGGCGUGGCUUUCAUCUGGCCGCUCUACAAUAAAGGCCUGAUUGGUGGAGUGCUGCAGAGAUGGUUGUCCUCAUGGAAAGUUCUUCCAUCUCCACAGAGGAACUCUGGAGCUCAGUCAGAGUGACCAUCGGGUUCUUGGUCACCUCCCUGACCAAGGCCCUUCUCCCCGAUUGCUCAGUUUGACCAGGCGGACAGCUCUAGGAAGAGUCUUGGUGGCUCCAAACAUCUUCCAUUUAAGAAUGAUGGAGGCCACUGUGUUCUUGGACCUUCAAUGCAGCAGAACUAUUUUGGUACCAUUCCCUAGAUCUGUGCCUCGACACAAUCCUGUCUCGGAGCUCUACGGACAAUUCCUUCGACCUCAUGGCUUGUUUUUUGCUCUCACCUGCACUGUCAACUGUGGGACCUUAUAUAGACAUAUCCAAUCAAUUAAAUUUACCACAGCUGGACUCCAAGUUGUAUAAACUUCUCAAGGAUGAUCAAUGUAAACAGGAUGCACCUGUGCUCAAUUUCGAGUCUCAUAGCAAAGGGUCUGAAAAUCUACGUUAAUAAGAUAUUUCUGUUUUUUUUUAUUGUACAUUUGCCAAAAUUUCUAAAAACAUGUUAUCGGUUUGUGAUUAUGGGCUAUUGUGUGUAGAUUGACGAGGGGAAAAACAACAACAUUUUAAUUAAUUUAAGAAUAAGGCUGUAACGUAACAAAAUGUGGAAAAGGGGAAAGGGUCUGAAUACUUUCCUAAUACGCUGUAUAUGGUUAUAUGGUGCUAACAACCAGGCCUGUGGUCAUGUCACCACAAGGGCAGCAAAAUGGGUUUCUUCCAGACAGACUCUCCCACACCAACUAACACACAAUGACUGUAUGAAUCACUGAGUCUUGUUAAACUGUGUAGUGUAUAAUCAUAAGAAUGUAGAGAACCAUAUUAAACAAGUAUUUUGAUGUUUGUCAAGACUUUAUACAAUGUCUUAAGAUUCCCAAAAUGGCGUGAUACAUUAUGAAACAUUUAAACCUGUAACUCAUUUUUUAAUCGCUCUAUUGUGCCUUUUACAAUGAUUGCUCCCCUAGGUCUGUAUAUUGUACUUGAGUAUUUCCAUUCAUUUACACUUUCCUGUAGGUCCAAAUGAGGAGUCAGAACAGUAGGAGAGCCCAUUGUAUUAACCCUGCUAAUGUAGAUGAGAACAGACCGUUUCUGGUCUCUUUAAACUUAACAACAGAUUUAUUUGACCGCACAAUGUACUAAAUGCAUAACCAUUUAGCUGUGAGCAGUGGGAGUGUGGGCCUGUUGGACAGACAGACCCCCAUGUACCAAACUGCCCAAUGAUUUCACUACAACAGUUUCACUCCAAUUCACUUAGUCAAUCUAUAUAUGCAGUUGAGGUCGGAGCAUUUACAUUCACUUAGGUUGGAGUCAUUAAAACUCGUUUUUCAACCACUCUACAGAUUUCUUGUUAACAAACUAUAGUUUUGGCAAGUCGGUUAGGACAGCUACUUUGUGCAUGACACAAGUAAUUUUACCAACAAUUGUUUACAAACAGAUUAUUUCACUUAAUCACGAUUCCAGUGGGUCAGAAGAUUGCAUACACUAAAUUGACUGUGCCUUUAAACCGCUUGGAAAAUUCCAGAAAAUAAUGUCAUGGCUUUAGAAGCUUCUGAUAGGCUAAUUGACAUCAUUUGAGUGAAUUGGAGGGGUACCUGUGGAUGUAUUUCAAGGCCUACCUUCAAACUCAGUGCCUCUUUGAUUGACAUCAUGGGAAAAUCUAAAGAAAUCAGCCAUGACCUCAGAAAAACAAUUGUAGACCUCCACAUGUCUGAUUCAUCCUUGGGAGCAAUUUCCAAACACCUGAAGGUACCACGUUCAUCUGUACAAACAAUAGUACGCAAGUAUAAACACCAUGGGACCACGCAGCCGUCAUUCUGUCUCCUAGAGAUUAACGUAUUUUGGUGCGAAAUGUGCAAAUCAAUCGCAGAACAACAACAAAGGACCUUGUGAAGAUGGAAACAGGUACAAAAGUAUCUAUAUCCACAGUGAAACGAGCUCAGCAAGGAAAAAUCCACUGCUCCAAAACCGCCAGACUACGGUUUGCAACUGCACAAGGGGACAAAAAUCGUGCUUUUUUGAAAAAUGUCCUUUGGUCUGAUGAAACAAAAAUAGAACUGUUUGGCCAUAAUGAACAUUAUGUUUGGAGGAAAAGGGUGGAUGUUUGCAAGCCGAAGAACACCAUCCCAACCGUGAAGCACAUGGGUGGCAGCAUCAGGUUGUGGGUGUGCUUUGCUGCAGGAGGGACUGGUGCACUUCACAAAAUACAGGUCAUCAUGAGGCAGGAAAAUUACGUGGAUAUAUUGAAGCAACAUCUCAAGACAUCAGUCAGGAAGUUAAAGCUUGGUCGCAAAUGGGUCUUCCAAAUGGACGAUGACCCCAAGCAUACUUCCAAAGUUGUGGCAAAAUGGCUUAAGGACAACAAAGUCAAGAUAUUGGAGUGGCCAUCACAAAGCCCUGACCUCAAUGCAAUAGAACAUUUGUGGGCAGAACUGAAAAAGCGUGUGCGAGCAAGGAGGCCUUUAAACCUGACUCAGUUACACCCGCUCUGUCAGGAGGAAUGAGCCAAAAUUCACCGGACUUGUUGUGGGAAGCUUGUGGAAGGCUACCCAAAACGUUUGACCCAAGUUAAACAAUUGAAAGGCCAUGCUACCAAAUACUAAUUGAGUGUAUGUAAACCUCUGACCCACUGGGAAUGUGAUGAAAGAAAUAAAAGCUCAAAUAAAUCAUUCUCUCCACUAUUACUCUGACAUUUCACAUUCUUAAAAUAAAGUGGUGAUCCUAACUGACCUAAGACAGGGAAUUUUUACUAGGAUUAAAUUUCAGGAAUUGUGAAAAACUGAGUUUAAAUGUAUUUGGCUAAGGGCUAUGUAAAAUUCCGACUUCAACUGUAUCUGACGGGACACAGAUGUUGCAAUCUAUCAAAUCAUUAUUCCAGUUAUUGGCAGAAUAAUACGCUUCAAUCAGAGUGAUUUGAGGAGCCAAUGAUGUCCUCUAGGUAUGGUCUGCUUACCUUCAUUCCAUAACAAUGAGGUCAACUCUGAGGUAGGGAGCAGUAGCAAGCUGGGGCUGUCUGGAUUUGGAUUUGGCUUGAAUUUGCAGUGUUGCCAUUGACUGUCAGAGAUGUGCCCUGUAAAAUGACUGAAUCAACAUUCUAUUUGUAGACAGUAGAAUGUACAAGCUCAGGGUCUCUUCUACAGAAGCCUUAACAGCAAAGGCUGUAGGUAUGUGGAAUGCCUCAGAUAGGUGUGACUCUAAUCUAUUUGAGGUUUCAUUCACUGGGCAAUUCCAAGAAAAAUAGACAUAGUGCUACGUGGGUUAUAUUGUGUAAUAGCUCUACAUUAGUCAUGGUAUUCUAAUGGUGGAACAGAUUCCCAUAACACAAUCCUUUAGAAGGCUUUGGUGUUGAAGUCCUAUGGCUCCUGAGCAAUGUUCACUCAAUUAUUGUUUUUUGCACAACUUGAACGUUGUGAACAUUCUGUGCAACUUCCGCCCUGAAUUUACUGUGAAUACUGAGGCUGUACCCGCUUUAAGUUUUAGCAGUGGUCAAGUAGGCUACUGUGGCUAUUUGAUCAUAAUAUAGGCCUGCCAGAGUGGCCUACCAUCAAAAACAAUGGAGCAAAGCACACCCCAUAACAUUUUAACAUGGAAAUAGCUGUUAAAUUAUUCAGCCUACAGUAGCAGCUAAUGUGUGGUGUUCAAUGACUACAUUCCAUGAGACUUUAAAAAAAAAAAGAAAAUACAUCCAGGGCUUGACAUAAACCUGUUUACGAGGUGACUUAAAAUGUUAUGUUUGAUGCAAUUAACCACUUUACAAAAUAAAUGCAUUAUUAUUCCCAUACCAUUA